CUGUGAGCUGGCUUCUGCAGAAGACUAGUUUGGUGUAUGACAGACAAUACGGUGAGACGGAGAGAUGCUGUUCAUAGUCGGAACUAAACUGUGUGAGCUCGUGGAGUCUCCCAAUGCCGGUAUCUUAGGAACACCCAACGCCUCAAGCGUCAAGUCCAUCAACUCCGGGAGCGAUCCGGAUGAGAAUUGUGGGAGAUGAUAUCUAAGACGAGCCAACGACCUUCAAGCUGAUGACUCUACGCAUCACAGUGGUUGAUGUUUGAACUUCAAAAUCUAGGUACCCAUUUGCUACUAUUCAAUCCGAUACCCCACACCAACACGAUGUCUGCAUCCGUGAUUCGACCUGAAACCUCAUGAUCAUUCCACAACGACAAACAGCAUUUCCACACAAUGGUCGUCCAAGUCAGCGCCUGCAAAGUUCUCAACCUUCUUCUUCCACAGAUUCAGCAUAAAGUAGCAUCUGACCCCUCCCAACCAGUCUUUAUCGGCGUUUCCGGUUUACAGGGCUCCGGCAAAUCAACAUGGGCUCACGCGAUCGUCGCCUUGUUAUCAACAGAACAUAAUCUCAAUGCAAUCACCGUCUCACUCGAUGACUUCUACCUCACACACGCUCAACUCAUCAGAUUACGGGAUGAGAAUCCAGAGAACAGACUGUUUCGCACGAGAGGCCAGCCAGGAACCCAUGAUGAGCAACUAGCGAGCCGCUUCUUUGAUGCGAUGAAGGGAGGAAGGAAGGGAACCGAGCCUGUGCGGAUCCCCAUGUUUGAUAAAAGCAGGUUUGAUGGUGAAGGCGAUCGUGUGCCAGAGGAGCAGUGGCCUGUGGUUGAGUCUGCAGUGCAGGUCGUGGUGUUCGAGGGGUGGUGCGUGGGCUUUCAGCCGAUUUCAGAGGAUGAUCUCAGCAUGAAACUGAAAGAGGCAUCAGAGAGCCCUGUGUCACUGACCAAUACACUGCCAAUGCAUCACAUCGAGCAUCUGCUGGAGCUGAACCGGAAUCUCACGAGGUAUUGUCGUUCAUUUAUGGGACCAGACUCGUUUGAUUGUUUCAUUCAUCUGGAUACAGAGAAACUAGAGAAUGUGUAUAUGUGGAGAUCGCAGCAGGAACAUACAUUGAUCCAGACGAAAGGGACUGGGAUGGGUGAUGAGCAGGUUGAGGAGUUCAUUCAGGGGUAUAUGCCAAGUUACGAAAUGUAUCUGGGGCGUCUGAGGAAAGGCUUGUUUGUGGGAAAAGAGAAUGGAGAGGGAAGACAUGUCCGGGUAGUAUUUGGGAAGGAAAGGGAGAUUUUAGAUAUGCAGGUAUUGUAGACGUCUAAAUUUUGCGUGGAUGGCUCAACUCCGGAGGAUGUAGAUACUAUCUCGUGGAGACAGUGAUGAAUCUUCAUAUGCCUCUUCACUUCCUUACGCAAACCAGGUGCCUCUAGAUAUUCAACUCAAUGUUAAGUUCACAAAGUAUGAGACUGGAUUAAGAC